CUUUAUCAGCAUGUGCUUCAGUGUAGUGAUUGGCCUGCUUCUGAAAAAGCUAUUUAUCUUCAAAAAAUUAGUGAAGAAAAUAUUUUAUCUCACAAACGUACCUGUGAUGAUGAGGAUGAUAUAUCUGCUAAACAAGAUUCUGAAAGCACAGAUCAGUUAUCUACACACCUCUACUAA